AUGGGUGACAACGACGAGGACAAAGAACUGAAGCAGAAAUUAAGCUUUUCCUCUUGUGAGGAAGAGCAUGAGAACGAAGGACAGAAGGAAGCCCAGGAGAGCAAGGAGGCCCAGAGCCAAACCCCAGAGAAGUCUGGAGUUCAGGAUUCAGGAUGUGUCCAGGAGGCAGAGCUUACACCUCUCAGAACUCCCCUUAGUAACGUGCGUGACCUCAACACAUUUCAGGAAAAAGACCAAGCGAGUCCAGGUCAGGGUCUGAGGACUCCAGUGUCACACUCUCUCACACGUCCUGAAACCCCAGCCCCACCAGACAAGGGCAAGCCGCCACGCUGCGAGAGCCCCUUCACUCCCAAAGGCCAGGUGAGCCAGCCGGUGAUCUCUUCAACAGGGAAGCUCCCCUCCCGAAGCUCUAAGCAUCUGAAGCUCACACCUGGUCCCUUCACCGAUGAGAUGACCUCACUCGCUCUGGUCAAUAUUAAUCCCUUCACUCCGGAGUCCUAUAGAAAACAAUUCCUUAAAUCCAAUGGCAAGCGGAAAACCCGAGGCGACCUUGAGGAAGCUGGUCCAGGAGAAGGCAAGGUAGAACAAGGGCUGCCUGCCAAGAGAUGUGUUCUACGAGAAACCAACAUGGCUUCCCGCUAUGAAAAAGAAUUCUUGGAGGUGGAAAAAAUCGGGGUUGGGGAAUUCGGUACAGUCUACAAGUGCAUUAAGAGGCUGGAUGGAUGUGUUUAUGCAAUAAAACGCUCCACAAAACCUUUGGUAGGAUCAUCAGAUGAGAAUUUGGCUAUGCAUGAAGUUUAUGCUCAUGCGGUGCUUGGGCAUCACCCCCAUGUGGUACGUUACUACUCUGCAUGGGCAGAAGAUGACCACAUGGUCAUUCAGAAUGAAUACUGCAAUGGUGGGAGCUUGCAAGCUGCUAUAUCUGAAAACACAAAGUCUGGCAAUCAUUUCCAAGAGUGCAAACUCAAAGACAUCCUUCUACAGAUUUCCCUUGGGCUUAAGUACAUCCACAACUCUGGCAUGGUGCACCUGGACAUCAAACCUAGUAACAUCUUCAUAUGUCAUAAGAUGCAAAGUGACUCUCCAGUAGUCCCAGAAGAGAUUGAAAAUGAAGCUGAUUGGUUUCUCUCUGCCAAUGUGAUGUAUAAAAUUGGUGACUUGGGUCAUGUGACAUCAAUAAGCAAGCCCAAAGUGGAAGAGGGAGAUAGUCGCUUCCUGGCUAAUGAGAUUUUGCAAGAGAAUUAUCAGCACCUUCCUAAAGCAGACAUAUUUGCCUUGGGAUUGACCAUUGCACUGGCUGCGGGAGCAGAGUCAUUACCUACCAAUGGUGCUGCGUGGCAUCACAUCCGUGAGGGGAAACUUCCAGACAUUCCUCAGGAGCUCUCCAAAGAAUUUUACCAACUACUCAAGAACAUGAUCCACCCUGAUCCAGCAGAGAGACCUUCUGCAGCAGCUCUGGCCAAAAGUCGAGUUCUCUGUCCCUCCCUGGGGAAAACAGAAGAGCUUCAGCAGCAGUUGAACUUGGAAAAGUUCAAGACAGCCACACUGGAAAGGGAACUGAAAGAAGCCCAGCAGGCCCAGUCCCCCAAGGAAUGCCACAGUGUCCCUGGGGUCUCUGGGACCCCCACGGGAUCAAGAAGCACCAAACGCCUGGUGGGAGGAAAGAGUGCCAAGUCUUCAAGCUUCACCUGGGGGCAGUCUUCCCCAUAA